UUUAAGCAAGGGGUCAGAAGGGUCACUAUUCAAAUCAAACAUCAACAAGGUGUAUGAUGUGGAAGUAUAUUUAAAUAAUAUCUCUAUAGAAGACUGCGUUUUUUUCCGCUGGUUAGGUAAACAAACACACUUUCACCUCUUCAUGUAAUGUUUGUAAACCGCGAUCAGAGUUACCUAAUCAGCUUGAGGUCUUUAGAAUGUAACACAGCUCACGGCCGGCCCUACUCCGCAGACGUGUGGACUACACACAGUAACUACACUACUAGUAAACCAGAGAUGCUCUCUUUGUAUUAACGUAUUUAUUAUAUCCACAGAUAAAUAAUUAUUUUACAAAUUAUUUUUUACAAAGUGAUCGUGUGAUGGGAAGUGAAAGGUUUUUACUACAAUGUAAAUAUAAGUGAAAGUGUUCAAGUCAGUGGCAGGAACACGGCGGCCGAGCGACGACGUGUCACAGAUUAGCGACAACUUACACAGAUUAAAAAAAGGAGACUUGACAGCUGUCACAGUUGCCACCGAAUAAAAAACGAUACGCCAGAACACAGAUAAUAAAAAACGUGAUCGCCGAAACGUUACAGAUAAAAAAUUCGUCAUAAUCACUGCCAGGACACACCGAGGAGGUUAUAUCCCGGAGGUUGUAUAUUAUUAUAUCGUGCCUUCCGCCCCCGGCGCUCGGCCAAUGAGGCCGCGGUUGCCGCCCCCGCGCGGCGUGUUGCCGCACUUCUGUAUACUACUCGUCUUGAACGCUGGAGCGCUAGCAUUAAGGCGACCGGAGCCCUACUAUGGACGGAUCAUCGGACGGCUCACUCAAUAUGCCCACGGGAUCCGAGGCACGGUGUACGCCGUGGACGAGAGCACCAUCUUCGUGAAAGGCUUCGCAUAUGACGGAACUGGCCCCGACGCCUAUUUUUGGGUGGGGGACACGCCCCAGCCGUCACCAGAGGGUACUCUGGUACCCUAUCCCGAAGACUAUCCCAGUCGCGACCCCCCGGUACUGUCAUCACAUACUAAUUCAGAUAUCUUGCUUCGUCUGCCCGCCGGGAAACGACUGAGGGACAUCAAAUGGAUCAGCGUGUGGUGUCGAAGAUUUACCGUGAACUUCGGGGACGUCUUCCUUCCCCCCGGCCUGGACCCUCCUCGUCCGCGAGUGCUCCCGGAGUUCAAGCGCCUGGCCCACGGCCUCCGGUCAGGGAACAUCAGCGUGUUGGACGCCAAGACCUUCUACAUCCCCAACUUGCACUAUGACGGCGCCGGUCCUGACGCUUACUUCUGGGUCGGUAACGGCAGUGAACCCAAUCCGUUUGGUACUAAAGUACCUAACGAGAUGGGUUCCCUCAGCCCCCUCCGAGGAUACCAGGGUGAGGAUAUAGAGCUGGUGCUGCCGGGCUCUCUGUCCGCCCACGACAUCGACUGGCUCGCCGUGUGGUGUGUGGAGUACAGGCACAACUUCGGUCACGUCUACAUCCCCAAGGAUCUGGACGUGCCACCAGCUCUCGGACAGACCAAGAUCACGCCUGCUUGGUGGUAUAAUCCGACAAGUUCCACCACGUCCCAAGUACCAUUUAACGCCGCUAAUAAUUGCAAGGAAAUUCUGGACAAGCGGCUCCAGGUCCGAUGGGAAGUUCAGGGUGAUCACGUUCAAGUGACGCUAGCAGCUCGUCUACGUAAAGAACACUACAUGGCCUUUGGACUGUCAGGAGCUGAGGGAAGACCUGCCAUGCUGGGAGCUGAUGUAGUAGUGGCCUUCUGGGACACUAAGAACAACCAGCCGCGAGCCUUCGACUACACAAUCAGUCACCUGGCGCAGUGUGACGGCGAGCGGGGCGUGUGCCCUGACGCCCGGCUCGGAGGCAGCGAGGACGUCGCUGUCGUAUCGGGUCAUCAGAAAGACGGCGUCACCACUAUAACCUACCGCAGGCCGCUCGCCGCCACCGAACACACCAGGGACAAGGAGAUCCUGACCUCGAGGUCUCAGUCUGUCAUCGCCGCCUUCGGACCUCUCAACUCACGAUACGAAGCCAACGCACAUUCCUUCAUGGACACCACCAGAAGUGACGUGCAACUUGACUUUGGAGCUCAGAACGACAACUCAUGUGUGGGUCUAGCGACGCUGGACGCGGCAGGUCCCACUCCCUGGUCGCCGCGAGUUCUGGCCGGGGUCACUAACAUGACAGCUCGUAUAGGGCCGGCAGGGGGUCGGAGAGGGUACACGCCCAUCACUGACAACGAUAUCAGUAAUGGAUACUCGAGCUAUGGUCAUCCGUCGUGGGGCAUCGCGUGGUACAUUAACGACCAGCUGAUACCCGAGAUAUAUGUGGAGCGUGGCAAGACAUACACCUUCCUGGUGGAGGGAGGAGACGACAGGACCAACCCUGCCAAGUUCCACCCGCUGUACAUCAGCGACUCGUCGGAGGGAGGCUUCGGGCAGAAGAGACCCGAGGAGCAAAGGAAGCAGCGCGUGUUCGCGGGAGUCGCUUUCGACAACGAGGGCUACCCUUACCCCACGGCCGUGGGCCGGUACUGCGAGUGGACCCACAAGACGACGGACCAGUCCGCGGCGUCCGACACCUUCGAGCAGUACAUGAGGACCUUACAGCUGGAGUGUAACGACGGAGAACCCGCCACACUCAACUGGACCGUGGCCCACGAGACGCCGGACCUCGUCUACUACCAGUGCUACACUCAUAACAAUCUAGGAUGGAAGAUCCACGUGGUAGACCCUGGGACCCCGAUGCCAAUACCGGGAGACAAGAGCGCUAUCGUGAACGAAGGAAGCCAGCCGUCAGCUGUCAUUGCAACUGUCAUAUCUACUUUCAUUAUGACAGCUCUCAGCAGAUAAACGUUCGGGAACCGCGAGCUCUGUUCGGAAACGGAUCAUUUGUUUAUACAUUUUAUAUCAUAUAUUAUAUAAUAUCUAUAUAUAUAUAUUUAUAUAUAUAUUUGCAACUUUUGUGAUUGAUGAUGUAAUUUUCGACAAUAACUAGAUAAUAGUGUUUAGGACGUUAGAUGGAAUGUAAGACAAUAAUAUUUAUAUUACUUUGGGACUGGACUGACCGGGCGGGGCUCGUUGUACAGAUGAUAACAAUAAUAGUUAUACUAAUGGGUAAAUAAUGUCAAUCUACAUUAUAUCAAUUUUUCAUAUCAGUCAUUUAUUACGUGUUUGAGAAACUUUAUGUACUAGGAUUAAACAGCUUUUAAAAAAAUUAUAACCCUUGAAGUCACAUUACUGACUAACUCUUUGAAACAAUUAUUACUGUUUUUCAGUAAAUUAUUGUGCCUGAUUAGGCAUUUCUAGCUUAUAUUAUGAUAAUUAGAGUAAAUGAAAUCAAUUAUCAUUAAAACCUUCAUUGGACGGUGAUGAGAUGGAAACUCUGACAAUAAUUCAAAUUCUCAUAUCGCCAUGUGCCGGACAAUAAAAUAAUAAUUUUCAUAUAAAUUUAAAAACUUAUAGAAUAAAUUAGAAAAAAGUAUUUACUUACACAUACAUGAUUAUAUAAUGUAAUGUAUGUGAUUGUUGAGUCACUUAGCUGUGGUUUAUAAUUGGUACUUGUUACUCUACCCUCAACUCGUUAGAUCAACAACUAUUCAUGUUUUGACAUUAUAAGGUAGAUUUAAUAUUUCCUAUUUGACAAUUAAUAUUUACAUAAAAAUAUAAUCAAUAAGUAAUUGUAUCGUUUUUAAUAGUUGAUAUUUGUAACUAUAUCAGAAAACUAAAGACAAUAAUAAAAAUGUUUUCACGAGACAUGUAAGUACACAAUUAAUUGAAUUUAUAUAUAUAUAUAAUAAAAAAUGUUAUCUUAUGUAAUUUUUUAAAGCCAAAAUUAUUUUGAAGGGCCUAAAACAUAAACAUUAGUGAAAUUUUAAAAGUUAUAAAGAUAGAGUAACGGAAUAACAUGAUUCGUUUUUAUUUGAUAGGAAAUAAAAUAAAAAGUCCAUCAAAUUAUUACAUGAAAACAGAUUUAUUCAAUCGAUAAAACAUAUACAAGUAUAUAUAUAGAUUAUAAACUAAUAUUAUUAUGUACAUUACUAAGCGAGACAAUAAACAGUAAACCUGACAAUAAAUAUUUCUAUUGUUAAUUUGUAUGAUAUUUGUAAUUCUAGAUACAUACACUAAUGAGUAAUUAUGGAGUGGGGUAAAACAAUACAUACCUAUAGAUAUUGUAUGAAACACUCUGACAUUCGUCAUUUAUUAACAUAUUUAGGUAUUACGUAAUUCGCGUUUGAUACUUUCUUUUUAUAUAAUAAAAAAUAUUUUAGACAAUAAGUUACUGUUGCGAAUGAAAUGUGAAUUUUAAAUUAUGCUUGACAGAUGCUAAAAAUGUUACUAUGCUUUUAAAUAAUUGUUAAUAACGUACUAGCUUUUGGGACGCUCAUAUAUUCGUUAUUUUUGGCUCGAUGUAAGUAAAUUUUAAAGUUUUUAAUAUUUCAAAAAUACUAUAACAAAAUAAACACAAUAAAUAAUGUAAUGAAGACAAUAAAAAUACGAAACUUUAUCAUAUUCCAAUUUACAUAUUGUUUAGAUGAUAAUAAAUUUUAUUGAAUAUAUUAGAAUAGUUAUAAUGAAUAGAAUAUAAUUCUAUAAUUUUACACUCGGUAGUCGUAGAUGUUGAUGCACAAAAUUCUGUUAAUGAUAAGAUUUUUAAUAGCGGUUAUGUGUUAUUGUACAUUUUAGAUAAACAGUUCUCGUUGUCCACGCAAUAGUAAUACAUCGGUACAAAUGUAAAAUAUCGAAGAAAUCUAUACAUUUCGACAAAAAAAUAUAUAUUUGGUUGAUGUUAAUUCAAUUAUAUUAGAAAUUGUAUAUUGGUAUGCUUUGUUGAAAUCCCAUAUUAUCCCGCAUUGUGACAUAGACCUGAAUGUGUAAGAGUUCCAAAACACCAUCUUCAACAUACAAUAAUAUCAUAAUUAGCAAGACCUAUAAUAUUGUAGAGUAAUGGAUAUUGAACAUUUAAAAAUGUCUUUUAAGCUUCUCAUAAAAUUUCCGUAAGAUGACAUCGGUGAUCGUUUGAGCUGUAAAGGUUAUUUAAACUUCCACAAUUAAAAAUUCUUAUGAUAAAGAAACUACUAGUAGGUUUGUCGUUAAAUAAACUUGAAGGCAUUUCUUUUUCAUGGAAUACAACAUAAACUCAUCCCAGUCGAAUGGUCUAAUUUAAUAAACAUGAUGAAACGUAUUAUUAAAAUAAUACCAAAGUAAAUUAUUAAAAUAUUUACGUAUCUUAUAAUUUACUAUAUCCAUAUUAUAUAUGACGCUUUUUACGAAACCUUUACCGUAUCACCUUGUAACUACUAUAAGUACAGUUUGUGAAGCCAUCGUGUACUUGUGAUUUUGACAAUAAAUUGCUGUUGAUUUGUGUAUAUUAAAGUCAACAAUAAAAGAUUCUUCCUAA